CGUUUGUUUCUUAGUUUUCCAUGACCCUAAAGUUUUGAAAAUUAUUUGAAGUUGCUAGAAGUCUCACGUUAUCGACACCUGGUUUUACUUAUCAGGUUGUCUUAAUCCCAUAAAUCAGUCUAAAUUUGUUAAUCACACAUGUGACCAAAAUAUGACGAGUGCAAGAAAGCAACCAUACGUUAAUCCAAGAAUUAGAGGGAUAUCAGGCGAUGAUAAAAAAGAAGUAUUAAGAAAACUACAACUGUUGUGUCGAUACGAUAAUGAGAAACUGUUACAAACAAAUGGAAAAAAGCAGCUUGGAAGGCACUACAAGAACUGAUUUCUUUUUCUGGAGAAAAAACAACUGAACAAGAAAUAUUAAGUAAAGUGGGGAUAGAUCCUGCUACUAUCACACUCAAAUCAGAAGAAUUGUAGUAUCAGGCAAACAACUGUUUAUAUAAUACAUAUUCACACUCCGAUAUGGUUGGUAAUUUACAGAAAAACUCCGCUUAAGUCGCAUGUGUCCAACUUGAGCAUGUAAAUGCAAUUAGAGUAUAUCUAGUAUGUUUAUGUCUACAGCACACUCAACGGUUUAUUUUAAACAGAAGCGUGUUUGUUAGAAACAGUAAAAUUUAAAAGCUUCAGGCAAGGUGGUUUAACAGUUGCCGACUUUUCAUUUUUGCUUAUUUCUGUCCAUAUUUUUCAAAGUACCCACAUUCUGGUCAGUCUUAGACAAUGAAUAUAUAACAGUCUAAAUGACUACAUUUCAUAUCAACAUAAUGAUAGGAGGUUGACCAGAUGGGAAUAAGAAGAGAAGUGAUAAUACCAUUUGAAGUUGAAAGCUAAAUGUAAUGAAUUAUUUCAAAAGAAGCAAAUCAGAUUCAGAGGUGGAAAGUUUAGGAUAACAAUAGACUUGAAAUUUAAAGUGAAAUAAAAUUAUUGCGACUGUACCACUUUAACCUAUCUCAAAUCUUAAUCCCCAGUAUCUCCAAAUAUUGCGCGAGUUAUAUCCGGGUGGUAUUCAGCUUAAGCAUUUGCCAGUUAACAUUGUGGGUUAAAGUUGGUUGUGGCUAAGAGUGUAUAUAGUAAAACAAAACCAGCUUUUGAUAAAGUGUGAAUAAUUGCUUGUAUCUUAAACACUUCUAAAGCAAAUCAGCAGUAGUAGGUUAAUUUAGGUCACUUGGAUUCUCAAUAAUGUUGUCUUUUUCAUCCUAUAGGGAAAUGAACUUCUAAAAUCAUCCUCUUGUACACUUCUGGGUGCUAUAUUCAAAGUUUUUCAGUCAGUCAGUCAGUCAGUAACAACGUAGAACUUCGUACGUACGUACAUCAGUUCAAGUUGCCACACCACCUUAACACAGAGAUGCAUUUGUCGAUCCAAAUCCCGUAGUGGUAGAGGUAGCAAGAAUGUAAGCAGUGAUCGGGAAGAUUAGGGUUUGGAGAUGUUAUUUAAAGAGUAUAAUUCAAUGAAAUAAAUUUGGAAAGAGGAAAAAAAGGGACAUGAAGAAUUCAGAAGAUUAGAAUUUCGGAGAACACAAAGAGUGGAUGCAUUUGCACCAUCGCAAACGAUUUUGAGCCAUGUCAUUCAGGGUCUCUAACCAUCGGUUGCUAUCAUCUCGCGGUCCCCAACCGGGUAGUCUACACCUACCAACAUGACUCAGACCACUUGUCAGUGACUUCAUGGACUUGUGCCAUGUUUUGGUCUGGCUGCCUCUAGCUUUCUUCCAACCUACUCCUAUACCACUGAGCAUCGCACGUCGAGGC